UUUUGGAUUAACCAUGGGAUCUGAGUGUGGUUUUCAAACGAAGCAGCAGCUUAAUGAGUGUAUUUUACGUUGUGCCUGGUCUGAGCAUCCUCUUCCUCCUGUUCACAGAGCUUGUAGGGACGGAGACAUGCUUAGUCUAACUUACUUAACCGUUCAAGGAGACAGACUUGCAGUUUUUCGCUCCCUAAAUGAGCAAGACCAUUACUUAAAGUGGACCCCUGCACACUGGGCUGCCUUCUUUGGAAAGGUUAGUUUAGUUGUCGGUUUAGUUUGUGAAGAAAAUACAAUUUCUAAAACAGGAAAACAAACAGCUUGUAGGUCAGCUGUAAGCUAGCGAUAAGACUUUUAAACAGUCCUUCUUUCAUUUUCUUUACAGAGCUCUUGCAGUUAUUAUAGCAGUAUUUGGCAUGUACUUCAUACUCGACUUUGUUUUUAUAGGGUCUUACAGAUUUUUUUUGCAACAGACAGUCCAAAGAUUCCUCUCGUGACUGCCAAAUUCUUUGAUGCUUAACAGCUGAUCACGAACAAGAGAAAACUAAAACUUAGUAUCAAACUUUUUCAACUUCCAGAAGUAAAGAACUCCUUCUGUCAUGAAAAAGAACGGAGAAACCAAGAUACGUGGAAUUUAUAUGUGUACGUUAGCGAGGGAAGCUUGAAGAAUUGUUUUUCGUGACUUGACCCCGUUGUUGUCGUGAUCAUUUGUCUCGGAACCACAAUUUUAUUUCGAGAUCGAUGUUCUUACACAAAAGUUAUUAGGUGAAAUUAUUGAAAACUACAUUUUCAAAUUCUGAAUCUGAUACAUAAUAACUCAUGAAAGAAAGACCACUUGAAAUCUAGUCCACGUUGUUGAGAAAUUUUUCCAUUGCCAAACAGUUAAUCAGUUUGUUUUGAUGAUGUGUUUUGGUUACGGCUAACGUUUUAGACCCGACGCUAGACUUGGGUAUAGUGGGAUUUCCGCACAGUCCCUUGCACUUUUUGUUAUGCAUGCAACUUUCUCCAACACUUUCCACACAAAUAGUUUGUUAUUGUAAACAGGGCGAAACGGUCCUUAGUUAUUCAAAUAUAUGUAUGGUGCUGUGCGGAAGUCUUGAAUAUUUUCUUGGUACCUCAAACUAUGAUUUGUUUUAGUGAAUCACAGUUUGUUUGUGCUUUGAUUAUACUUGGCAACCAAACUUGCUCAAAAGCAGGGCAGCUAAUAGACUUAAGUCUUUACAUCCCAUGUGGCUGCUACCAUGUUGUUCACCCAUUUUUACUGAGUCAUUGUCUUUGGUUUCCUUAAUUGAGGUUAUAUUGGUGGCUGUAAUGGUGAACCCUUCUAUGCAAUUAAGUACUGUUUUUUCUCUUAACCUGAGCCGCCUGUCACCGUCUGUGCAGAUCCACAUCUCUUUUACAGCUUGUGACAUCAUCAGUGUUAAUGGUCAAGGACAACUUUGUCCGCUAACUUGUGCAGAGUGAAGAGAUCUUUCAAACCAUACUAGAAUGAUCACAAUUCAGUAAAGGACACUGGAGAAAAAGGCAAAAAACCAUGUAAUAUUGCCCUAAAAAUUUCCAUGAAAAUCUUGGUCCACUACUAUACCCACCUACCUUUCCCUUAAUCUCAUCUUAAGAUCAUAAAAGCAUUUCUAAAAACUUUUCCCAUCAAAAUGAAGCCUACUAAAUGCUCAGAGAAAGAAAAAAACAAGGGAGGAGAGAAAGCAAAAAGUAAAACUCAAGACUGCUGUGUCACUUUUAAACUCAAAAACUAUCUCAAAAUUUUGCUUUCUGCACAUGCCCGAACUAAUAUUUUGCAUCUGGAUCAGAAGGCCAUGAAGUGUAUGACCUGUAAAUGGCUUUGUGGUAAGUUUUAGCUCUUUGUAGCAUGACAGUGACCAGAAAACUGCUCGACAAGCUUCAAAAUGGGUUUUUUGUCAAACUUUCUAGGAGCAAAUGGGUUAAGGAAACCACUUUUCUCAUGUACAUAAGAAUAUUUAGGUCACAUACAAAAAAAAUUGUUAUUAAUCAGCCUGCAAGUUGGUGAUGUCAAGUCUCCUCUGCAAAAAGAUCGAAUAGAGGACAUUUUGAGAGCUAGUCAUUCAUAAGGGUAAAUCAAAGGGCUUGCUCUUGAAACAGUGGCUUUUUGACAUUAUGUUGGUGCAUAACUCAUUUAAUAAAACUGCAGUUUCACCCAAAACUAACCUCUUCCUUCAAUUUUUUAAUUUUUUAGGUUGAUUGUUUGAAGCGCCUUGUUGAGUGUGGUUCAAACAUUGAUGUAUGUGAAGGAAGAUUUGAACAGACACCAGCACAUCUUGCAGCUUUUGCUGGUCAUGCUAAUGUCCUUCACUGGUUACUUCAAAAUGGUGCAGUUGCAGAAAAAGUUGUGAGUAGUGCUUCACAUGACAAAUAUAUAACCAUUGUGUGGUACCAGCCAUAUUAUUAUGUGUUCAGUAACUGCUUACUUUAUUUCCUUUAUUUAUUGCCAAUCACUAAUAAACUCCCCCUCUACCUAAUAAGACUCCUGUCUGAAUUAAAGCUAAAAUUAACAAGUCCAAUGCCUUGUAUAUAUUCAAGGGUAUUUUGCACAAUAACUGAAAAAGUUCAUUCAGUGAUAUUACUGGCUCAAUGUGCUCUUAGAAUACAUCAUAAGACAGAGUGGAGAAACACAGACCGCUGAAUUGUUUUAACAGGCUUUAAUGUUUAAGUUCUGGGUCCUGCAGUUUGUUUCUUCUUAUGCAGUAGUAGAAUUUGUAUGAUUGAACCCUUUUUUAUCACGUCACGUCUGAAAGUACAUGACUUGUAUAAUUGUUAAAUGUUCUUGUUCGUGCAGGACAGUUUUGGAGAAACUACAGUGCACAAGGCAGCAAGAGGAGGAAAUGUAGAAUGCUUGAGACUACUCCAGGCAUUUGUAACUACUUUUAGGUAACAAAAAAAGCCAUGUCCUUAUGUCAUAUAAUAUAUAAAGUCAUUUAUUUUUGUAACAUUGUUGCUCUAGAAUCAUUUGAAGGUAGCUCUCACCAAGAGGAGCCUGUCCUUGUUUUGUUUUCAGCACUUUCAACUUGUAUCGACAGACUCCUUGUGACCUUGCUUCCUCCCUUGGAUUUGAGCAAUGUGCACAGUUGUUGAGAAGUCAAAGCCACGAGUCAGGUAAUAGAGCUAAUGAAGCAACAGGGAAUCAUUGUGAUAUGACUUGCAACAAAAUUUUGUUACUUUACUGCAUUUAUUGGUUAAGACCAGGCAACAAAAUUUCUCUAGGUUUAACAAGGUAUGAUUUGGUUCUGGUUGGAAAGAAAAUUUUCUUUUCUUUUCUCUAGUUGUAAUUUGGGAUGGUGUCUAUUUUAGGAUUAUGAGACUGCUAUUUUCCAUACAAUCUAAAGCUUCAUAAAGUUUUAUUAAGACAGUACCACUUUUUGCUGGACUCAUUCUAUUUAAAAGAAGUAAGAUUGCCAUGUUGUGACAACCAUGCAGGCAUAAGCAUUAUAAUCUUCCUCUAUAGAGGAAGAAGGAAGAUCAAAGGAUAUGCUUUCCUAAGUGUAAUCAAUGUUAAUUGUCCCUUUAGUGUCCAACCAAAGGAAAUGUAAAAGAUUACUUGAUGAUGGGGACUAUACAGUUCAAGCAAAGAGAUCAAGAAAUGGCAAGUUUAUUUCUUAAGUUAAAAGUUUAGACCUCUUUUCCAGGGCUGUCAAUAAGGGCCGGUAGCCAGGCAAAACCACCGGCUAGUUAGCCCUCUUUAGCUGGCUACUUUCAUCUCCUUCUACCAUUACUGCUAACAAAAAAUAAGCACCAUCAAAUAAAAUUGUAAACCAUCCGUUUCCCAGUUUUGAAUGACAUUCAGUGAAGGCAUACUCUGACAGAUUUAGAUCUCUCAAACAUUCGAACCGUGUGAUUGCUUGGAACGCGUGGGACAUUUUGACGGCAUUGUUCCCAGUCUUGCAUGUAUUCUGACAAGUCAACAUGGUGUCAGCGGUGGAAAGUAUUUCUUGAAAACCUCUGGAAACACCAAUUCCGAGACUCUAAUUUUCAAAAUGUCCCUAGAUGCCUCUGCCCUCAAGAAUUUGUGUCUUUGGUGCGAGUUCCAAACCCGCCUAUUACUCAUUAUCAGGCUUCUACUUAAAAACUUUUUUACAGCCCUACUUUUCAAAGACCUUUUUUAUUAACUCAAACUCAGCAAGGGAAGUAUUAUAUUGCAUAAUUUGAAUUUUUUAAUUACCAACAUGACCAUUACAAGUGACUUGUAAUUUUUGGUCAUUUGAUUUUCCUAUAUUUUGGAAACACCUUAAUGACAGUUAACAGUUAAAAAUUAAUGCUCUUUUUAUAAAACUGCCAGAAUAGAAUAAUUUUUUUAAACAUCUCUGCCUCAGGUUAAAAUAACUUUCAUUUAUAAUCAGUGACCUGGUACCUCUUCCAGUUGAUUUUCCAUGCAGUAAAGUUGUGACCAUUUUGAGCAAGCCAUUUGAACUGUUGUUACUCCAUGUUGUAUGUUAAAGGAGCUGUGUCAUGAAAUUCAGCCAAAUUAAGAAAUUACAAAAUGCCCGUUAAAUUAAGAGAAACAAAAAUAACCGCUUAAAACUUUAAAGGAAGGUUAAAAUAACAUAACAGAAACAACAGAUGCCACGGAUUGGCAAAACUGAAGAAGAUUGAAACGGAUUGAAAUUAGGGUUUUGGAAAACUAUUCAGCCUAACAGUUUUUCAAAAUUGACCCCUGCUGCUUGCAACUUCAAAAAUAAUGCUCAGGAGACAUAUCUGUUUGUCUCAGAUCCCUGAUUUUGUCAUUUACAUGUAAUUUCUUUGCUUACUUUAAGUUCCAUAGCGAUUGAGGGCGAGUAAUGGGCAAAAAUUUAACAAAAUGAACUAGACUGCUGUGACAUAGCCCCUUUAAGAAAAGUCACUUCAAAGUCAUCAAAGGUGGUCCAGGAGUAUUUAUUUUGAACAUGGCUUGUCUUAAUUUGCAUCAGCCUAACUCCUUCCCCAAUAAAUCAAUAUUAUUAUAUAACUGGUCCCUUAUCAAUUUUCAUUCCUUCUUAAUAUUCCUUAACACUCUUUAAUUUUCAAACCAUAAUAUUUUAUAAGUAAGUUACAUUUUAAAUAUUUUUUAGGUACGGUCCAGUAUUUGGAUCAUGUUGAGAUUCAUAGUUCAAGUGCCAUAAGCCAUGACUUUUAUAUUACAAAUGGUACAAGUCAACAGACAAGCAGAGCAGAGGACACGCUUUAUCAAAAUGGUCAUGUUCAUAACUGCACAAGAAACAACAGCUCUUCAACACAGAAAAGCCAUGAUGUGGAAAUGAACUGUGAUGAAGUUCAAGAAUCUGCCAACAAAACUUACCCUGGUAAUCACUAUUUAAACCAGCCUGUUAGAUGUUUAAACCUCUGCGG